AUGGGUUUAGAAAUGCAGAACGAGUGGUUAGACAUAGGAGAUUUUUGCAUCCCAUCAGCAUUAAAGUGGCGCACUUUAAUUUAUGAUUGGUCGCCAGCAUUGCUUAAAUUCUAUCUCAAUGCACUCCAGAUGACUCUCCCAGAUCAGAGAAAUUUAGUAAGAUGGGCUAAAGGUACCGAAAAAACUUGCUAUAUCUGUGAAAAGGCAGUUGGAACUGCUAAGCAUCUGCUGGUGGGAUGUAAGCGCGUUGUGAUGAUAGAGCUUACGGUGCCUUGGGAAACCAACAUCCCAAAAGACCAUACCAUCAAGGUCAACAAAUAUUACGAGCUCACUAACAAACUCACUCGAAAUAGGUUCGUCAUGGAUUUGUACGCGGUAGAAGUGGGAGCGAGAGGUAUAACAGCGAAAUCUUUCUACAACCUACUAAAAGACUUGGGCUUGUCUAGAACUCACAUAAAUAAAUUCUUGGAACGUACAUCGAAGGCAGCCCUAGUAGGUUCUUUUCAAAUUUGGUUAGGUAGGGAGAGGAGCUUGGACAGUGGAGGUGAGCGUAUAAGGCGCGUUAGAUAA